GCCAAACCCUCCCCUAACCACGCUGGGCCAAACCCUCCCCUAACCACACUGGGCCAAACCCUCCCUAACCACGCUGGGCCAAACCCUCCCCUAACCACACUGGGCCAAACCCUCCCCUAACCACGCUGGGCCAAACCCUCCCCUAACCACGCUGGGCCAAACCCUCCCCUAACCACACUGGGCCAAACCCUCCCCUAACCACGCUGGGCCAAACCCUCCCCUAACCACGCUGGGCCAAACCUUCCCCUAACCACGCUGGGCCAAACCCUCCCCUAACCACGAACGACGCUGGGCCAAUAGAGAGGCACUUUAGAGACAGGAAGGGUAAAGGGGCAUGUGCUCGACACAGGUAGAGUCCUAUCUGUCCAUGUUGCCUUUUACAAAGUGGGCACCAACACUCACCUAAAGAGAGAGAGACGUUUUCAUUGUUUUUGGGCAGAAUUACUUUACCUUUAACUAGGCAAGUCAGUUAAUAAUAAACUAUUAUUUUCAUUGACAGCCUAGGAACAGUGGGUUAACUGCCUGUUCAGGGGCAGAAUGACACAUUUUUACCUUGUCAGCUCAGGGAUUCGGUUACUAGGCCAAUGCUCUAACCACUAGGCUACCAGCCACCCCAAUUAUGUGUUGUUAGCCAUGUGUCUUGGCCCAUUUUUUAAAUAUUUUUAAUGUGGCCAUCGACAAUUUGUUGCCUAAUGGGAAGGUUAGCCCUGGAGGAAAGUUUUAGCUGUAUGAAGUAAAAGAGAACACAACAUCCGGUUGUUUUUAAAUUACUUCUCAUGACAUUGUUCGCCAGAAUAAAUUAUGGAAUGGAGAUUUUACCAAUCUGUGUUACCCACUCCAGUCAGCAGAUGGCGAUGGAAGGCUUUCAGGUGAUGUUUCUUGCGUGACGUAUAAUCUAGUGGACGGAAAGCUUCAACGGCAGUAAAAGACUACUGAUUCAACCACUUCGGUAGCGCACAUUAAACCAGUCUUGUUUAUAUUAAUGCCAGUGUUUUUAAACAUCAUUCUGUUGAACGUAUUGACUAGUUGAAAAAAAUAAGUUAUUUACUUGUUAAAUGAAAUUGGCUAAUUUGUUCAAUUGUUAACGUUACUGCACUAGGCUAAACGCUAAUGCUAACUAUCUAGCUAGCUAACAUCGCGACCAUGUGCUCACUAAGCUAUUCGGAGAAAGAAGCUCUAGGGCUGAACGUCAUCGUAAAAGAAGAAGAGGAAGAAGCUUUAAGAAUAAAAAAGGAAGAAGAGGAGACUGUCACAUUAGAAGAAGAAGAGGUGGAUAUUACAGUGAAAGAAGAGAAAGAACCUUUUGGAGUAAAAGAGGAAGAGGAGGCUAUCUCAAUUAAAGAGGAGGAUGAGGAGGAGACUGAAGAUCCUGUUAACACCAGAGAGAGACAUGACUAUCCUGGAUCCUCUGGGGAGCCUCAACAACAUCCUGAUGCUGACGAGGCAGAGAAGAGUCUCUCCAGAUCAGAACACCAGAUGGACAACGCUAGCCCCUCCUCCCUCCCGGAGUCCCCGUGUCGUUCCUCUCCCGGUAGCACCUUACUGCGAGAGGAGAAGAAGAAAGGAUCAGUUUUGACUCAUCAAAGAGAAAGACCAGACUCUGAGGAACCAAAGGAAGAAACGUCCAAACCAGCAAGACCAUACCACUGCUCCCAGUGUGCAAAGAGUUUUACCCAGUUAGGGAACAUGAAAAGACACGAGAGGACACACACAGGUGAUAAACCUUACCACUGCUCCCAGUGUGGAAAGAGUUUUACCGAGAUAGGGUCCCUGAAAAAGCACAAGAGAAUACAUCCAGGAGAAAAGCCAUACCACUGCUCCCAGUGUGGAAAGAGUUUUAACCAGUCAAGGGACCUGAAAGAUCAUAAGAGAAUACAUACAGGAGAAAAGCGCCACCACUGUUCCCAGUGUGGAAAGAGUUUUACUCAGUUAGGGAGUCUGAAAAGUCAUACGCGAAUACACUCUGGAGAGAAGCCUUAUCACUGCUCCAAAUGUGGAAUUGCUUUUUCAGUGUUAAAUGUCUUGAAAAUGCAUGAGAGAAUACACACAGGUGAGAAGCCUUACCACUGUUCCUACUGUGGAAAGAGUUUUAGACGAUCGCAACAUCUGAAAUUACACGAGAGAAUACACACAGGAGAAAAGCCUUACCACUGUUCCCAGUGUGGAAUGAGUUUUAGGCAGUUAACGAGCCUCAAAGAUCAUAUGCAAAUGCACUCUGGAGAGAAGUCUAACACAUGUUCUCAUUGUGGAAAGAGUUUUCUGAGGUUAAGCACUCUGAAAUCACAUGAGCAAAUACACACAUACAAAAAGGAAAAGUACCAAUGUUCCUCGUGUGGAAAGUGGUUUACCCAGUUAGAAGCCCUGAUUAUGCAUGACAGGAAACACACAGGAGGGGAUAAGACCUACCACUGCUCCCAGUGUGGAAAAAGAUUUAAUUGGUUAAGGCACCUGAAUAAGCAUGAAAGAAUACAUACACAGGAGGAGAAGACAUACCACUGCUCUCAGUGUGGAAAGACAUUUUCCCAGUCAGAGGACCUGAAAUCACAUGAGAGAAUAGAGAGGCUGUGUUCUGACUUGUGUUUCUGACUGAUCAUUUGUGUUUUUGUUUCAUGUGAAAUCAAAUUGUAUGAAACCAGAAAAAAGGUUUUUACUUUUGUUGUUUUUUCAUUUUGAGACAUGAUCAUUUCUAAUAUCAGAUUAAAUAUUUAAAAUUGUCUAUUUGGUUUUGAUGAGCUUUGAUUGAUUUGAUAAGUAUAAACCCUCUGUUGUUCAUCAUAUGAUUUUCUAUUUGUUAAGGGAUUUUUUAAAAUCAAUAAUAACUAAUUAUGUAUACAUUUCAAUCAGGACUGACUAAUCAGAAUACUAAUUAUGUUACUGUAUAUGUAUGAAUUUUCUUUUAAUCCUAGUACUGAAUAUAAUGUGUGUAAAUAUAAUCAAGAAUUAGAACAAUGACUGGUAGAAAUGAAUGAACUUAUCGUCAGACUGGCUAGAAUGCUGAUCUACACAGGGAGACCUUGUCUCGGUCAUACAUGAUCUAAAUUGGUGAGAGACGAUGUGAGAAGGCUUGAGACCUAUACAGCCUUUGUACCGGUGUGGAGAAGAGACGGAACGAAGACUAAUGACGUCAUUUUCAGUUUAUAACCCGUUGUAUAAUGUUUCAUGUUCAGUUCUCGAGAAUAAACGCUGCUGAUUGAUUUCCA